AUGCCAAUCUCCUGGCCACCAGUAUCCAUUCCCAAUGAAUUCGGGAUCGCCACCCUCUCCCUCGGCAACUGGAGACAGCAUAAACUACAGCCGCGACUAGAAGAAGCGGCGAAAGCUGGAUACAAAUGGAUCGACUUAUUCGAUGAAUGCUGGGCUGCUUACCUUGAAGAACAUGGUUUACCAGGGGACCAAUUAUGGGAACCAACGGAGGCGAACCUACGCGUUGCGCGGAAACUAGGUGAUCUUGUAAAGUCCCUGGGAAUGCAGAUCGCGUGCACACAGCCACUUCGAAAGAUCGAAGGGAUCAAGGAUCCAGUCGAGCGACGGGCAUCCCUGGACUUGGUCGCUAAGCGGUUCCCCUUCAUGCGCGCAUUCGAUACCGACUUGGUAUUCAUGUGUGCCAGUAUCCGGACGGACGAUGGCGUGACCGCCGAUUUGAAGACGGUGGCCCGAGACUUAGCUGAGUUAGGAGAUAUGGCCCAGGCCUUCGCCGAAGCAGACGGGGGGCCGGUGCUGCGCAUUGGCUAUGAGGGCCUCUCGUGGGCGACGCGAAAUACAUGGGCAUCUACGUGGGAGGUUGUCCGGAUGGCGAACCGCCCGAAUGUUGGACUUAUACUUGAUGCAUUUAAUGUGUUAGCGGUCGAGUAUGCCGACCCGUAUAACCCGGCCGGUCAUGGACGGCUGUAUUCGACGCCCGAAGAAUCGGUCGAUGUACUUUGUGCAUCUAUGGCCGGGCUGGUCGCCUCUGUUCCCGGGGACCGUAUCUUUUUCUUCCAGGUCGGUGAUGCCGAGCGUAUGGACCCGAAGAUAUUUCGACCACCUACCGAUCCGGACGUGCCGGCUUUGCUGCCCUGGUCGAGGGGCCACCGGCUGUUUCCGUAUGAAUCCCAGCGAGGAGGGUAUAUGCCGGUCGAUUUGGUCGCUGCUGCUGUGGUGGCGACGGGGUACAAGGGUCCCAUGUCGCUGGAGGUGUUCAAUAAUUCGUUGAAUCAACCGGAUGCAGGGGUUCCGUCGGCCCAUGCUCGUCGGGGGUUCACUGGCCUUCGGAAAUUGGCCGAUGCGAUUCCCCAGGUGCCGGCCUUUUGGGAGAUGUGGCAGCAGGGCAAACACAAGUUUGCUGGCUCGGUUCUUUCUCCGCGUAUACAGCGUCUGUGA